AUGGACAGAACUGACAAACCCCAACGCUAUUCACUAUUUCGAAAACUUCGCAUGCUAUCUUUCCGUGACAAGCCAGCUACAGCCCUUGUACGAACCGCAUAUCUACGCAAACUCUAUAGCAAAUGGUCUGAAUCGCAAACUGAUCAUCCUAUGAGAGCUGAUGGUGAUAUUCCCAAUACAAAAUCAGUUGCGCUUAAUUCUGCUUUCUGGCCCAAACCUUCAAACGCUUUUUAUUUCCUCGACCUUCCAACGAGCACAGAUGAGCCCCUGCCCAUGGAAGAUGUAGUUUCAUCGCUAGCAGAAGAGGUUUUAGUGGAAGUGUCGGAAGAAUUCAAGGCACAGGCGAUCGAAUCCUAUAUUGACAACCACGCAAGUUAUGACUCACUGUACCUACCCGAUACACCAACCACGCCUACAGAAACCCAAAACUCUACUUCAUUGAAUUCCGCAUUGAAGUCUCUGCAGGAGGAUUGGUUUCGGGCAACACUCGCUAAGGAUGCCACAUUCGAGACAAUGGAAGCCUACCUACAAGUGCUUUCACACUUUGGUCCCUAUGUGUUGCAGCGCGUGGUCAAUUUUACUGAUAAAGCGGGGAACACAUUGCUCCACCUGGCCAUAGUACUGAAAUCGUGGCCACUCAUUGUGGUCCUGUUGUCCAAAUGUGACAGCUGUCACGUGGAUCAUUUCAACAAUCUUGGCUUUACUCCACUCAUGACUGCGGCCUUUUCCAUUUCACAGCCGAUGAGUGUGGAUGAACACACGGGGCUGGAUCUUCUUAUUAAGCAGUCGAACCUAAAUCUGCUUUCAAAAAAUCGACUGGCUGCCAGUGCCCUCUUUCUGGCGGCGAGCAAUCGCAAGACGGAAAUGGUCGGUCGCCUCAUCAAUGCACCUGUACACGCAGAUGCCAAUCUGACGGAUGCAGAGGGAAACACACCCCUGAUGAUAGCUGUGAAGCGCAAUAACUGGGAGAUUGUUCGCCUUCUGGUCACUCACGCAGAUAUCAACCUCGAGCAAAAGAAUAAUGUGAGUUUUUGUAUCCUUUUUAGCUUGUCGUAUUGUGUUACGACCCGCGUCUGGUGCAUAUAA